AUGGAUCUUAUUACAGGAUUAACCCCGUUAAAAGAUCUAUUUGCUCCAACGGAUUUAACGGAAGGCUUAGAAAGUAUACAGUUUCAAAAACUUUGUCCAGGUGGAUUUCAAGAUAUUCUCGUUUCAUUACGUAUUCGUUCAAAUCUUCUAACAACCGUUCACGUCGCUCACGCAUGCCAUUUUGUUGCACUUGCAAAUAGAAUAAAACGUGAAUUAGAUAAACUAAAAGGCACGGUUGAAAAACAACGUGGCCAUAGAUUAAUGGCAGAAGUCCGACGAAUACCUGGAUUAAAAGUAGGAAUCAUCGGUGGGUGACAUUUAUACAAGAAUAGACUUAAUAACUUAAGAGAGACUUCGCCAGUCGAUGGAGUAUCUUGCCAAAGACCGGUCACGAGUGAAAAAUUGACAUAUACUUUUUAUUUUAUAUUCGAAUUCUAUUAUCAAAACUGGGGUUAUGAAAAAUAAAAAAAACUUUCUUAUUCUGGCUUAGUUAUAGAAUUUACAAAAUGAGCAC